AUGGCCUCAGGAUCCCGCUGGGCCGUUGGCAAGUGUGAACCGAGCUGCGAGUGCGGCUGUUGGGGAUGCUUCCUUGAUGGGCUGCGAGUACAAACCCGCGGUGCUGCGAAUACAGCAGAGUGCAGAAGAGCAGCGGGCUUACAUCGUAGGAUAGUGAGACUAACUUGGGUACCCUUGAAAGUGGAACAGGCAAACAACGCUCGUGAUGCCUUGGCUAAAACGGUGUAUAGUCAUCUGUUUGACCAUGUAGUGAACAGGGUAAACCAGUGUUUUCCAUUUGAGACUUCCUCUUUCUUCAUUGGAGUUCUAGAUAUAGCUGGUUUUGAAUACUUUGAGCACAACAGUUUUGAACAAUUCUGUAUUAACUACUGUAAUGAAAAACUGCAGCAGUUUUUUAAUGAAAGGAUUCUGAAAGAGGAACAAGAACUUUACCAAAAAGAAGGCCUGGGGGUUAAUGAAGUGCGCUAUGUGGAUAAUCAGGACUGUAUAGAUUUGAUUGAAGCAAAAUUAAUAGGUGUACUGGAUAUUUUGGAUGAAGAAAACCGUCUUCCCCAGCCAAGCGACCAGCAUUUUACUUCAGUUGUGCACCAAAAACACAAGGACCAUUUCAGGCUCUCUAUUCCUAGAAAGUCUAAAUUGGCUGUUCACAGAAAUAUCAGAGAUGAUGAAGGCUUCAUUAUCCGACAUUUUGCAGGAGCAGUGUGCUACGAGACGAUGCAAUUUGUGGAAAAAAACAAUGAUGCUUUGCACAUGUCCCUUGAAUCUCUUAUAUGUGAAUCCAAGGACAAGUUUGUUCGACAGCUGUUUGAAUCUAACACUAACAACAACAAGGAUUCCAAACAAAAAGCUGGGAAACUUAGUUUCAUCAGUGUGGGAAACAAAUUUAAGACUCAGUUAAAUUUGCUUCUUGAGAAGCUUCACAGUACUGGGUCUAGCUUUAUUCGCUGUAUCAAACCUAAUUUAAAGAUGACUAAUCACCAUUUUGAAGGAGGACAGAUCCUCUCUCAGCUUCAGUGUUCAGGAAUGGUGUCAGUUCUGGAUUUGAUGCAAGGUGGUUUCCCUUCACGAGCUUCGUUUCAUGAACUAUAUAAUAUGUACAAGAAAUACUUGCCUGAAAAAUUGGCUCGACUGGAUCCUAGGCUCUUUUGCAAGGCGCUAUUCAAAGCCUUGGGACUGAAUGAAAAUGAUUACAAGUUUGGACUAACCAAGGUGUUUUUUAGACCUGGCAAGUUUGCAGAGUUUGAUCAGAUAAUGAAGUCUGAUCCAGAUCACUUAGCAGAACUAGUUAAACGAGUGAAUCGCUGGCUUAUUUGCAGUCGUUGGAAAAAAGUUCAAUGGUGUUCUCUCUCUGUGAUUAAAUUGAAAAAUAAGAUAAAAUAUCGAGCCAGUGCCUGUAUUAAAAUACAAAAGACUAUUCGUAUGUGGCUUUGCAAGAGAAAGCAUAAACCACGCAUUGAUGGCCUGAUAAAAGUGCGUACGCUGAAGAAGAGACUUGAUAAAUUCAAUGAAGUAGUAAGUGCUCUGAAGGAGGGGAAGGCGGAGACAAGCAAGCAGGUCAAGGAGCUGGAGUAUUCUAUUGAUGCUUCAAUGACCAAAAUUAAGACCACUAUAAUGACUAGGGAACAGAUACAGAAAGAAUAUGAUGCUCUAGUUAGAAGCUCAGAGCAGCUUCUGAGUGCACUGCAAAAGAAGAAACAGCAAGAGGAGGAAGCAGAGAGGCUACGACGCAUCCAGGAGGAAAUGGAAAAAGAAAGGAAGAGACGUGAAGAGGAAGAAAAACAGCGAAGGAAAGAAGAAGAGGAAAGACGUCUGUGA